AUCUACGUCACAUCCGCCGGGAGGUCUAAAUCCAAAAUGGCGGCUUCAGCGGGCGCCUCCGCGGCUCCAGGUAGCACCGGGGAUGAAGCGUUUAUGACGUUUUAUUCAGAGGUGAAGCAAAUUGAAAAGCGGGACUCGGUACUGACAUCCAAACAGCAGAUCGAUCGAUUGUUGCGGCCUGGCUCGACGUAUUUUAAUCUGAACCCGUUUGAGGUCUUACAGAUCGAUCCAGAGGCCACAGAUGAAGAGCUGAAGAAGAGGUUUCGGGCGUUGUCCAUUUUGGUCCAUCCGGAUAAGAACCAGGACGAUGCAGACCGAGCACAGCAAGCCUUCGAAGCGGUCGAUAAGGCAUACAAGCUGCUCCUUGAACCUGAACAGAAGAAAAGGGCCGUAGAUGUGAUUCAUGCAGGAAAAGAAUACAUCGAGCAUAAUAUGAAUCAGAAGAGGAAGCAGCUGAAGAAAGAUGGCAAGCCCACGGUGAUCGAGGAGGACGACCCUGAAGUGUUCAGGCAGGCUGUGUAUAAACAGACCAUGAAGCUGUUUGCUGAGCUGGAGAUCAAGAGGAAGGAGAGAGAAGCCAAGGAAAUGCACGAGAGAAAAAGGCAAAGAGAAGAGGAGAUUGAAACACAAGAGAAGGCUAAAAGAGAGAAAGAGUGGCAGAAAAACUUUGAGGAAUCAAGGGAUGGUCGUGUGGACAGCUGGAGAACCUUCCAAGCCAAAGGUAAAACCAAGGAGAAGAAGAACAGGACGUUCCUCAAGCCUCCCAAGGUCAAAAUGGAGCAAAGAGAUUAAUGUGGAAGUCCGAGCAUCUACACCUCCACUUCUGGGUCUCCCCUUCAGGUGUAUGUGCGUGCCUGCAUGUGUGUGUUUCUGGAAUGACCCUCUCAGCCCAGCUGAGGGCGCCGUGGAACGACACCCUUAUCUCCUGCAACCCAUGUCUAGUCUUUUCUCAUCUGCUAGGGGGAAAAGUCGUCCUGUGGCUGGAUGGACACUUGUUUAAAUACCGUUUGUAUUUACUCUCAUCAAAUAGGUUAUUCAGGAGCAAUCAGGCUGGUAGUGUCUACUUUUUCCCCUUCUUUCUCUCUCUUUUUUUUUUUUUUUUAAAUUUGUACAUAUUUGUGAGUUUGAUGUUAAUUGUGCACAUGAGGAAAAAAUGCGAGUUUUUUGUUUUGAUCUUUUUUUUUUAAAUAAACCCCGGUCAUUCAGAAUAAACAAUGUUUGUAGCCUACACAAAAAUUCAAUGUGGUAUUUGUGUUGCCUUUUUUUGGCACUAUUUUCUAACAGUUUUAAAAUUGUACCUUGUUGGCACUUUUCAUGAAAAUAUUUAGCCUCUUAUUAUUAUUAUUAUUAUUAUUAUUAUUUUAUUUUUAUUUUUUUCACAUUGAGGUUCUUGGAUUGUAUCCUGCCUGUUUAAGGUAAAAAAAUACAUCAAGAUCCAAAAAUGUGACAAUGUGCUAUUCAUUUGUUAGAUAUCCCUGAGGCACGUUUAGCUCGGUGGGUAAGAUGUUGAGUACUGCUUAGAAAGUCAUAGGCUCAAAUCCCACUGUUGGAUCUUUGAGCUAGAUCCUCAACACUUUCCUCUGCAGAUGUAUAUAGAGAUGAAUCUAAGUCACUCUGGGUAAGGGUUCCUGGCAGAUGCCCUAAAUCUAAUGUAGCAAUCUUCUAUUAAAUACACAUCUAAUGGAA